CAAAAGAGAUGGCGAUCCUUGCUUUAAGGGGAACAGAAAAUGCGCACAGAAACAAAGUCAGGGCUGUGAAGAAACUAAACCAAAGUGAUGUGCUUGUGGAGGUGACAUUUGGGCUGGGUGGAAGGGGAAAGCCUCUGUGAAGAGCUGAAAUGUAAAGGUAAGAAGCCAGGCAUGUGGAGUGCUGGGAGAAGGAGCACUCCAGAAGGAAAGGGAAGGCAGUAGGCAUGAAGGCUCUGCAACGGAAAGGGAGAUGGCAUGUUGAGGGAAGAGCAAGGAUGCUGGAGUGGCUGGAGCACAGUGAGUGGGGACCUGGAGAAGAGUAUGGGCUGAAGGGGGAAAGACUGGCAGGGACCCAAUGAUGAACAGCCUUGUAGGCCAUGAUUUUAUUCUGAAGCAAUUGAGGAGUCUUAGGGAAGAGAGGGAUGAGAUUUUGCUUCCUUUAAAAAAAAAAAGAUUGAUCACUCUGGUUGUUUUCUGAACAAUGGGUUGUAGGGGGAAGACUGGAAGCAAGGAGGCCAGAUAUCAGACCAGGAGACUGAUAAUGGGGGCUUGGACCAGGUUGGUGGUUCUGGAAAUUGAGGGAAGUUGAUCAAUGGGAGAUAGAACCUAUAGGACUUGCUGAUGGAUGGAAGGUGGGGGUAGGAGGAAGGGUACAUAGACUCUGGCUUUUUGACUCUCCUAACUGGAUGGAGAAUGGUUCCAUUUAGUAUGUUACCUGGGGGAGGUGACUGUAGAAGGAUCAGGUAGAAGGAGCCAUUUGAAAGUUUGCAGUACCUAUUUAGAUAAAGCGGUGAUGUCAGGUGAGCUGUUGGAAAUGUGAAUCUGGAAUUUGGGCCACAGAUAUCUGCCUUUUCCAAGCUGGGGGUGUGGUGAGGAGGUGUUGGGCCAUGGAUGGAUGAGGAGGAUGAGGAAAGUGUGUGUGCAGAUCCUCAGAAAGCAGUGCCAGAGCGGGGAUAGGGGGUAUGUCCUGGGGUGUAGAAUCUUAAGGGCAGGCCCUGAAGGCGAUAGGGGCUUUCUGGGUUGCAAGUCCCCACUCAUCUCCCAGCUCACGCCCACUCGCUGGUUUCGUUUUCGUUGGCCCUGUCUUUUCCUCUGGUACUGGUUCCUUCCUGGCUCCAGGCGUCUUUCUCACCCUCACUCACGCUGGCUUUUCCAGUUCAGUGGGAAUUGGGAAAAGGUCUGAGAUCAGCCCUGUUUCUCUCAGCACACGCAUCUGCGCUCAGGCAUCCAGUGAUUCAGUUUCCCUGGUUACAGAUUGAGUUCCUCACUAUCCUUCUCCCGUCGCAUCGGGAUUGGAGAUCUGCAUAUGUAAAUGAAUGAUUAGCAAUAAUUACGAGCUAAAUCAGCAGCGCUCCACCAGAAAUAGAACCCAGGCGUCUUGACACAGAAACCUGGGGUUCCCCCUACCGCCCAGCGGACGCGGCGUCCACAGGGCGGCGCGGACCCUUUCCGGGGUAUUCUCAGCAAUAACAGAGGUUUAGUUCCUGCCGCUCUUGGCGCUUCGCGGCCCAGCGAAGAGACUGAUCAGGCGUGGGGCGAGGGCGGAGCUGGGGCAGAUCCUGGGCGGGGCUUAGCUGUGGGCGGGGCUUCCUCGAGUUCCGGAGUCGAGUUGCUGCCUGGGACGGAGCGGAGAUGCAGCCGCCGCCCCGAAAAGUGAGCUUGGCCUGGGGACGGGGACUCCUGGCGGGCUGGGGGAGUGAUGCGGCCCAAAGGGGCACCAGACCUGCGGUGGCGGACGAAGAGUAGGAAGGGGUUCAAGGGCCAACCCAGAAGUAACCGGGGAAACAGCCCAGCUCCUCCCUGGCCCCGCCCCCUCACCGCUCCCUGCGCGGAGUGUUUUUCAGGUCCCUGCGCCAGGGGUCUUCAUCCUCUUCUUACCCACACAGGUGAAGCCAUCCCAGGAGGUGAAGCUUCGCUUCCUGGAGCAGCUGAGCAUCCUUCAGACCCGGCAGCAGAGAGAGGCGGACCUACUGGAGGAUAUCAGGCACUCCAGAAACUGGCUGGGCCAUUUCUGAAGAGAGAAGGACACCGGAGUGGGGAGAUGGACAGCAGACUUUCUCUGGGGAGAGGCAGGAUGGUGUUUGGUGCCUGGCGCUGCCUGCUGGAUGCCACCAUGGCUGGGGGCCAAGCCCGGCUCCAGGCAUCUGACCGAUACCGUGACCUGGCAGGAGGCACAGGGCGGAGCGCUAAGGAGCAGGUGCUUAGGAAGGGAGCAGAGAACCUCCAGAGGGCACAGGCUGAGGUGCUGCAGUCUGUCCGGGAGCUGAGCCGAAGUCGAAAGCUGUAUGGGCAGCGUGAACGGGUGUGGGCCUUGGCACAGGAGAAGGCGGCUGAUGUCCAGGCCAGGCUUAACCGAAGUGACCAUGGCCUCUUCCACACUCGGACCAGUCUCCAGAAACUCAGCACCAAGCUGUCUGUCCAGUCGGCCCAGUACUCCCAGCAGCUGAGAGCGGCCCGCAAUGAGUACCUGCUCAACUUGGUGGCCACCAAUGCCCACCUUGAUCACUACUACCAGGAAGAACUGCCGGCCGUGCUCAAGGCCCUGGUCAGCGAGCUGUUGGAACACCUGAGGGACCCGCUGACUUCACUGAGCCGCACUGAGCUGGAAGCUGCAGAGAUGGCUCUGGAGCAUGCCCACCGUGGAGGGCAGGCGACCUCCCAGGUAAGCUGGGAGCAGGAUCUGGAGCUUUUUCUUCAGGAGCCCGGAGUAUUUUCCCCCACCCCACCUCAGCAGUUUCAGCCAGCAGGGACUGAUCAGGUGUGUGUCCUGGAGCUGGAGCGGGUCGCAGGAGGUGGGGCCGGGGAGAGUGGCCUGGAGAAAGAAGUUCAACGCUGGACGAGCCGAGCUGCCCGAGACUACAAGAUCCAGAACCAUGGGCAGCGGGUGCUGCAGCGGCUGGAGCAGAGGCGGCAGCAGGCUUCAGAGCGGGAGGCUCCAAGCAUAGAACAGCGGCUGCAGGAAGUGAGAGAGAGCAUCCGGCGGGCACAGGUGAGCCAGGUGAAGGGGGCUGCCCGGCUGGCCCUGCUGCAGGGGGCUGGCCUGGAUGUGCAGCGCUGGCUGAAGCCAGCCAUGACCCAGGCCCAGGAUGAGGUGGAGCAGGAACGACGGCUCAGCGAGGCCCGGCUGUCGCAGAGGGACCUCUCUCCCACGGCUGAGGAUGCUGAGCUGUCUGACUUUGAGGAAUGUGAGGAGACUGGGGAGCUCUUUGAGGAGCCUGCUCCUCCAGCCCUGGCCACCAGGCCCCUCCCCUGCCCUGUCCAUGUGGUGUUUGGCUAUCAGGCAGGACAUGAGGACGAGCUGACCAUCACAGAGGGCGAGUGGCUGGAGGUCAUAGAGGAGGGAGAUGCCGACGAAUGGGUCAAGGCUCGGAACCAGCACGGUGAGGUCGGCUUUGUCCCUGAGCAGUAUCUCAACUUUCCGGACCUCUCCUUCUCUGAGAGCAGCCAUGACAGCGACAAUCCUUCAGGGGCAGAGCCCACAGCGUUCCUGGCCUGCGCCCUGUACAGCUACACGGGACAGAGCGCAGAGGAACUGAGCUUUCCCGAGGGGGCACUUAUCCGCCUGCUGCCCCGGGCCCAGGAUGGAGUGGAUGACGGCUUCUGGAGGGGAGAAUUUGGGGGCCAUGUUGGGGUCUUCCCCUCCCUGCUGGUGGAGGAGCUACUUGGCCCCCCAGGGCCAUCUGAACUCUCAGACCCUGAACAGAUGCUGCCAUCCCCUUCCCCUCCCAGCUUCUCCCCUCCUGCACCCACCUCUGCCUUGGAUGGGUCACCUGCACCUGUCCUGCCCGGUGACCAAGACCUGGACUGCCCUGGACCCCUGGACAUGAUGGCACCUCGACUCAGGCCGAUGCGUCCACCGCCUCCCCCGCCAGCUAAAGCCCCGGAUCCUGGCCACCCAGAUCCUCUCACCUGAAGCCAGGGGGAAUCACCUUCCCCCAGUGAUGCUGCUGCCCCUAUCUCCGUGCUAUCAGAGACCACCCCUCCCCACUGUGAUCCAGAGCGACACAGCCAAAAGCUGGAAUCUCCCUGAUUUCCGUUCUCACCUUCAUGGGUAGAAACUUCUUCUCUCCCUAUUUCUGGGGCUGGAACCCACUCCUUUUUUGCCAUCAUCCUCCAGCCAUCUCUAAGGGCUGAAGCUACUCCUUUGUCUUCUGCUACCACCCCAUCUCUAGGGUGGUAAAAUACCCUGAAAUCUCUGGGACUGGAAUUCAUCCUCCAAAGUCUCAAGUGGCUCUGGCUUAUUUGUGUCUCCACCUUGGUUCUGUGAAUCACCCCACUCCAGAUGCCAGAGCCACUGGGGUUGGGGGCUGGGAUGGGGGCAGGCCUGUCAGAAGGAGCUGGAGCCAGUAUGCGAAGCAGCUGUAAUUGUCUGAGCGGAUUUAUUGACAGUGAAUAAAGGGCACAAAGCCCAAGCCAGGGCCUGGGCCUCUUGUGCCAAGAGGGCAGGGGGUCUAAGGUGCUAUUGCUUUAAGGGCCCACCAAGGGCAGGGGCCUGCUCCCAGCCACACUCUCUAGCAUAUGGAGUGAGGUGAUGGGGAAGGCAGGUCAGGCGGCCUGUUGGCAGGCAGGGGAAGGGGAAGAGACUGAGGACCGGGGGUGGGACUUCUCCCAAGGUCCCCCAGCCUGAGACCGUGCAGUUCCAGGUGGAAGUAGGGCUGGUCCCUCAGCUGGGGGGCAGUGCUGUCCAGUGGAGAGGAGGGGCUUCAUGCCCAACCACCCCUUGGCCCUGCCAGCUGGUAGUCCAUCAGGGCAAUGAAGGAGAGGAAGGGUAACAGUGUUGCCUCCUAUUCAAGCUGUGUCCCCGCUUUUCCCCAGGGGCUGCAGGACCUUCCCUAUCCCCUGGAGCACAAGCCCACUCCCCACCACCAAACCAAGGAAUAUGUACCGAAGGCUAAGCCUGCAGUUUAGCUUGGGGGUUUAGGGAACCAAUGGGCUUAGGUAGUUUAAAGUAGGGGGUGGGAGGAUGAGAUUAUUUGACUUGGGGCCCAGGCAGACUCACCUCACACACCCCCUGCCCCCUGUGGUGGGGACACCUGAGAGAGAGAGGAGGGGUCAACAGUGGGAGAACAGGAGGUGGGUCAUAUCAGUGCCCCCUAGAGUAGGGGCAAUAAGAGCUGAGCCCACUGCAGCCCACCACAUGUCU